AUGCUGCGCAACGUGUGGCUACGCCAUGGUCGACGGCUGCUCUCCGGGACAGUGCCUUCUGCAUUAGUUACUGAUGCCAUGCAACGGUUCCAAGACAUACCAGCGUUCGAGCAGUACCCGCAUUCCUUUCCUGUGUCGAUGUCAUUGCAGGAGUAUCAGCUCAAGUUCCAAGCGCUCGAAGCCCGAGCUCGAUGCACGGACGAGUCGGUAGCACUAGCAGGACGCGUCGUGGCCAUUCGUCACGCCAGCAAGAACCUCGUGUUCCUGGAUUUACAAAGUGAUGGCUACACGGUGCAAGUGUUGUCCGAGGUGAAGCAUUUCCAAGGAUCAGAAGGUGAUGGGGCUGCUCCGUCCAAUAGCAGUCGCAAUGCCGAUACGGUGAAGAGCGAGUUCCGAGCCCUGCACGAGAGUCUCCGUCGUGGUGAUAUCAUUGGCGUAAAGGGGUUUCCCGGCAAGUCUGGAAAAGGCGAAUUGAGUAUAAUUCCAAGACAGUUGCAGGUGUUGGCACCUUGUCUCCAGCCUUUUCCGAAUAGCAAAUACGGCAUCAAAGAACCAGAAAUCCGCUUCCGGAAAAAGUAUCUGGACUUGCUGACGAAUCCAGGCGUGCGGUCGAUUUUUGAGCUACGCGCAAAAGUUGUGCGUGGAAUUCGUGGGUAUCUUGAAAGCCGCAAGUUUGUCGAAUUCGAGACGCCAAUGCUGUUCUCGGCGGCAGGCGGUGCAGCUGCUCAGCCGUUUGUGACGGACUCGCGGGCACUUGGCAAGGAGCUGUAUCUACGCAUUGCACCGGAACUGUUUCUGAAACAGCUUGUCAUCGGUGGGUUUGACCGUGUCUUUGAGAUCGGUAAGGUCUUUCGGAACGAGGGCAUUGAUGCCACGCAUAAUCCAGAGUUUACCAUCUGCGAGUUCUACCAGGCGUACGCGGACUACAACACCCUCAUGGAUACGACAGAGGAGAUGAUCGCGGGUAUCGCCAAGGACGUGACCGGGUCGUGCGUUAUACAGUACCCUAUUGAAGACGCUAGCAAUGAGACCGUUGAGAGGUCUGAUGACAAACCAUCGAUGGUCGAAAUUGACUUUACGCCACCCUACAAGCGUCUUCCAGUCCUGGAGACACUCGAAGAGUAUCUAGGUGACAAGCUCCCGGACGUGAACUCACCAGAUUCUAUCCCGAAACUGCUGCAGCUGUGCGAGCAGCAUAAAGUGGAAUGCUCCAAGCCGCACACAUGCGCUCGCCUGGUCGAUAAGCUCAUUGGACACUUCAUCGAACCCAAGUGCGUGCAGCCGACGUUCUUGUACAACCACCCGACGUGCAUGAGUCCGCUCGCCAAAGCACAUCGUGAGCAAGAGGGCGUAACUGAGCGUUUUGAGCUCUUUGUGGCAGGCAAAGAGCUAUGCAACGCGUACACGGAGCUCAACGAUCCUUUCGACCAGCGCCAGCGGUUCUCAGCCCAGCAGGCGGAUCAGCAGCGCGGCGACAGUGAGGCGCAUAGCAAGGACGAUGAAUUUUGCACGGCGCUUGAGUAUGGCUUACCACCAACAGGUGGAUUCGGUAUUGGCGUCGACCGCUUGGUCAUGCUGCUUUCGGGCAAGACGCACAUUCGGGAGGUUAUUAUGUUUCCUGCGAUGAAGGUUAAGGAAGAUGCUACAAGGCUAUAG